ACCAAUGCUGGGAUCCUGGUGUGCCGACCAAUGGGACAAGAGAUAACAACAGUAACUUUACAUCAGGACAGACAGUCAGGUACACCUGUAUGGCCGGGUAUCAUCUGUGGGGAACUGCCAAUAUAACCUGCCAGUCUAACGGGACAUGGACUGAUGAUACACCAACUUGUGAAGCUGCAGGUUGCCCUGGAAGCUACUCAUAUCUUGCACACACUAACAGGUGUUACCGUGCCUAUGGCAACCUGGAAACCUUCGACGAUGCUUUGGUCGUGUGUCUAGCAGACGGCGGCACUUUGGCCAUGCCUCGCGACAGCAAAACCAAUGACUUCCUUAUCGCUUUGAAAAACAAUGUGAGCACGACCGAACUAUUCCGUUUCGGGCUGCAUCGUAAGGAUGAAACAUGGAAUUACGUAGAUGGCGGAGAGUUAAAUUACACCGACUGGGCUGAUGGAGAGCCGAAUAAUCAAGGUGGAAAUGAACAGUGUGUCGAGUACUUCCCUUCAUACUGGUUCAGCAACUGGUUUCAGUACAACAAUACGAAUAAAUGGAACGACGGGACUUGUUCUACAAACGCAAGGUUCAUCUGUGAAGCUGAGCAUGUGGGGCCAAUAACACCAGUCACAACAACAGUCACAACAACAGAGCCGGCCACAACAACAACAGCCACAACAAAGACCGACAACAACAACAUUACAGACUGUGGAUGUCCAUUGCUGCCCUCCCAUACUGAGGUUAGUCUGACCACAACGACCACUGGAUCCGUGGCAACUUACCGCUGCAAGACGGGAUUUCAGUUCGCGAACGGGACCACAACGCUUACCUGUGGCAGCGAUGGGGAAUGGAAGGGCACACUGCCAACUUGUGAAGCGAUGACCCCCUGUAUCCGGUUCUGUGGGUUUGGAAGCUGUUUUGUUAAUGGCGACAUUCAGAAGUGUGACUGCAACACAGGAUACGGAUUCUUUGGUCUUUCCCAGUUUUGCCGAGAUAUCAAUGAAUGCGAAGACGGUUUGGACUAUUGCUUGGGCCGGCCAGCCUGUGUGCCUAACGCGAGGUGCAUCAACUCUCCGUACGGCUCGUACACGUGCCGGUGUCCCAGUGGUUAUACUGGUGACGGGAGGACCUCAUGUGAAGAUGAAGACGAGUGUUUGUCGGCUCCAUGUUCCGAGUUUGCCAACUGCACCAACACAGCAGGCAGCUACACCUGUCAGUGUCUGGACGGAUAUGUGGGGUCUGGCACGGUUUGCACAGAAAUCAACGAGUGCAGCUCCAGCCCCUGUAUCGGUGGAACGUGUGUGGAUAGGAUCAACGGGUACACCUGUACCUGUCGUGAGGGGUUUGCUGGGGAGAGGUGUGAAACAAAUGUCAACGAUUGUGAACCUCCACCCUGCCUCAACAAUGGGACCUGUAGUGACAGGAUCAACACCUACAGCUGUGACUGUGUGGACGGGUGGGAGGGAAUCAACUGUGAAGACGACAUGGAUGAGUGCACGUCUCAUCCUUGUCACCGGCAUGCUGACUGUGGAAACACAAACGGCUCCUUCAUCUGCACCUGUAAACAGGGUUUCCAUGGAGACGGAUUUGAAUGCACCGAAACUGAUGAGUGUGCUUCCGAUCCCUGCCAAAAUGGCGGAACCUGCAUAGAUGGACUUAAUAAGUAUUCGUGUGUCUGUCCAAGUGAAUGGCAGGGCGUUAACUGUGAAAUAGAUGUUAAUGAGUGCCUCCGAGAAAAAUGCCAUCAGAACUCAGCCUGUAACAACUCACCGGGAAGCUACAGCUGCACAUGCAGGGAAGGUUUCUAUGGAAAUGGCCUCACACUGGAUAAGCUCGUGUGUAGAGAAACUAUCCUUUUCCCUUACGGUGAAGAACAAGGGAACAUGUUGCUGCCUGACACAGACGACCGAAAGGACAUCUCUCUGCCGUCUCUGAUUGACAUCAGUCUAGGGUUUCCCUUUUUUGGACAGUUCUACUACAGCCUUUAUUUCUCCGAUAACGGGUUGAUAAUAUUCCCGCCGACGGCGCAGUCCCGUGCGCGGAGGGAACCCUACCCGAACCCCAGUCUGUUCAGGAGGAACCAGACCGUACAGGCAGGAUUCCCUCCUAUGGUAGCAGCGUCAUGGGGAGAUGUGGAUCUCACAACGGACGUGGGGAAAGUCUGGUAUCAGGUGUAUUCUAAUGACAACCCAGUAGACAAUGCCACACAGACAGUGUUUGACAUGGUUACUACGAGGAUGUACCAGUCCUUCAGCGACACGUUUGUGCCCACCUGGGUACUGGUUGUGACCUGGGACAGUGUACCCUCUGUCGAGGCAAUGUACACAAAACAAAACCCAAACACAUUCCAAGCCGUCCUGGCCACCGAUGGAUCAGCUUCCGUCGCUUUCCUGACCUAUAAGGAAGACGAGAUGCUGUGGACCAAUGAAACCCAGGACGUUCUUCUCGGGUACAACAGCGCUAACGGCGUCAACUUCGAAAACAUCCGGCUGGCAGAUCCGUACAGACCCGACCAAGUCAACGGGAACACGGGGCUGAAAGGACGAUGGGCGUUUAAGUUGGAGAGCGAUGCCACACGGAAAACGAACUACAAGAGGCUGUGUCGUGACUGGUACAAGACAGAGCCAGACCCUUCAGAGUGGAUUGUAGGAGAAGGCCUGUGUCCUUGCACGCUACUUCAAGCACUAAAGGACCUACGCUUCGCCCCUGUUACAUUGUCACCCUUUAACAUCUCCCUAUUGCUUCUGGGCAAUCAAGAUCAGGAAGUUUGCUUCAGUCCUCUGUUUGCCAGCCCGACUGGUUCCAGUGUAGACUGUUGUUACAAGUUCCUAGCCCUGAACACUGAGAUACCCCUGGCUGGAAGUCACCACAGAUAUCAACGGUUCUCCCAACUGCACACUGACUUUGACGUGAAUCCCAAGUCCUGGUGCUGUAGCCUGUCUGACGAUGAAGACUUCUGUAACCUGUACUUUGGAAAGAGGCCUCCAAACAGCUGUUCUUUUUACAGGCCACCACGUCUAGCCAUAACGUGGGGAGAUCCUCACAUGAAGACACUAGACGGUCUCGCCUACACGUUUAACGGGUUAGGAGAGUUCACCCUUGUCAAGACGAGUGGGGCCAGUGUUGAGUUCAGGCUGCAGGGGCGCACAGAGAAAGCCAACGUCAACGGUACCCAGGAAGUGGCUGAGGCUACAGUCUUCACGGCAUUCGCAUCAAAGCAAGAAGGCUCCUCGACGGUUGAAAUUGGUAUGAACAAAGACCGGACAAAUAUGACACUUAUGGUGGAUGGACGGUCCAUCAACAUCACUGACCUACGGCAGAACGGUGCGCAGCGUUUUGCCAAUCUGACUCUUCAGUACAAUUUCAACUCGAACCAGACCAGUGUGGUCGCCUCCUUCUCUUCGGGAAUAACAGUGACCGUCACGCUCCAGAAACUCAUGCUGAAUGUACAGUUCGGAGCGCCGGAUUCUUUCGAGAACACUACCCGAGGCAUGCUAGGUGUCUGGAACGACAACAUUUUGGACGACUUCACCUAUCCUAACGGCACGGUACUGCAGGCACCAGAGGACAGAAAUCUAACAGAGGAAGAAAUCUUCCCAUGGGGAUUAUCAUGGCAAAUCAGACAAGACGAAAGUCUAUUCACCUACGAGGAUGGACAAAACGCCACUUCCUUUGCCAAGCCAGAUUUCAGGCCAAAGUUUCUCAACCAACUACUAGCAGCUGUCUCCCCCGAUAAACGAAGCGAGGCUGAGGUUCUGUGUGGCACAAAUGUAGAAUGUCUCUUUGACUUUCUCAGCACAAACGACGCAGAAGUGGGAGAACAAACCCGAUCAAGUAUUGUGACUUUCGAUUCAGACGCAGAGACACUGGCCAACUUUCCACCCAACAUCACAACCAACGCCACAGUCAAUGGAAUAGUUGGACAGCAGGUGGAACUACAGGUCAUUGCUGUUGACCCUGAGGACAAUCCUUUGAGAUAUUCCAUUGGCAACGUCAACAACAUUCCUGGGGCAACCAUCAACCCUGUUAACGGUAUCCUUAGGUGGACUCCCAGAAGCCUACUACCAGUGCAACUAGAGAUUAUUGCCCAAGACAACAAAGGAGCCUCUUCGUCGACCUACCCCAUGGUGAAACUCUGCAAUUGUCAACACGGUGGAAUCUGCAACUUUGUCACUGUGGACUUUACUGGAGACAUGAACCCUGUGGGACAGUUUCAGGUUGUUUCCUGUUCGUGUCCUGAAGCCUGGACAGGAGAGUUCUGUGAGACUGAUAAGAAUGAAUGUGAGGAGGACCCGUGUUAUCCAGGAGCGGCGUGUACAGAUAUGGUAGCACCUAAACAUGGCUUCGAAUGCGGACCAUGCCCCAAUGGUCUGGAUGGGACUGGGGAAAAGUGUUAUGAUAUCAACGAGUGUGUCCAAGGUCAGCUUUGUGAACAGCCCCAUAACUGUGUGAAUAUCCUGGGCAGCUACACCUGUGGCUGCGACCUUGGUUACACCCUAGACAGCAAUGGCCUCAACUGUACUGAUAUAAACGAGUGUGGCAUUAGUACAGCUGAUUGUGCAGUUGAGGCGACAUGCACCAACACAGAGGGCAGCUUUACCUGUACCUGUACUGCCGGAUAUACUGGUAAUGGGACCUACUGCGCAGAUGUUGAUGAAUGUACGACUAGUGCCUCCUGUGAUCGCAAUGCAGUAUGUGACAACACUGUUGGAUCCUACACAUGCACAUGUAAGGCUGGCUAUGAAGGCAGUGGACGCAGAUGUGAGGACAAAGAUGAGUGUGUUGAUCCGGACAUCUGCCACACAAACGCAAGAUGUACCAACUCCAUCGGCUCCUACAGCUGCAGCUGUAACUCUGGUUACCGCCGCAAGGGGGCAGUGUGCACCAACGUGGAUGAGUGUGAAGAGCAACUGGACAACUGUAGCCCGGGGCAGGGGAUCUGUACAGAUAACCCUGGGUCCUAUAGCUGUGCGUGCAGGGGUGGAUAUGAAGGAGACGGGAUCACAUGUCAAGAUGUUGACGAGUGUUCAGAUGCUGCUCUGAACAACUGCACUGAGAACGCGGAUUGCACCAAUACGGAGGGCUCUUAUAACUGCCUGUGUACAGAGGGGUAUGAAGGGAUCGGUACAGUCACUUGCACUGAUGUCGACGAGUGUGGAAGUGCCAUAGAUAACUGUGCUCAGGAGGCAACCUGCACAAACUCUCCGGGAUCUUACACGUGUUCGUGUAACGCGGGAUUCGUCGGGAAUGGGAUUCAGUGUGAAGAUAUUGAUGAAUGUGUAAGGGGAGAAGCUGACUGUGACAUCGACACAAAAGCCGUCUGUACCAACCUAAUUGGAGGCUACAACUGUACAUGUUAUAAUGGUUACGAAGGAGACGGCAGGCACUGCACAGAUGUGAAUGAGUGUAUGACUGACAACGGUAAAUGCUCUAUGAACUGCUCCAACACUGAUGGAAGUUAUACCUGUAGCUGUGAGGAUGGAUACAGGCUAGCGGUCGAUGGUUUCAAGUGUGAUGAUAUUGACGAGUGUGCAGAACAGCUGGAUGACUGUGAACAAGCCUGUACAAACACAGACGGUGGGUUUAACUGCUCGUGCGUCCCAGGAUUCAUUCAAGUCGGGGAUUCCUGUGAAGCCUCUGUAAAUUGCACCAGAACCGUCUGCACGAAUGCUGAUUGCUUUGUGGAGAAUGGAAUCGAGAGUUGCCUGUGUUUUUCUGGCUACAACAUCACCAACAAUGGCACAGUUUGCACUGACAUCGACGAAUGUUCCCUUGACACCAUGAAUGCCUGCGACCAGCUGUGUAACAACACAAACGGAGGUUACACGUGUGGUUGCGACAGUGGCUACAUGAUUGGUACUGAUGGUCGAGCAUGCACUGAUAUUGAUGAGUGUUCAGACAGCAGCCUGAACGAUUGUGAUCCCAAUGCAUUCUGCAACAACAACCAGGGAGGGUACACCUGUAGCUGCAGACAGGGCUACAUCGGCAAUGGGACAUCUUGUGAAGAUAACGAUGAGUGCACAUUUGGCAGUCGUAUUGAGAAUUGCAGUGCGAAUGCUCAGUGUUUCAACUUCAACGGUGGUUUCAACUGCACCUGUCGGGACGGGUAUACAGGAGACGGCUUCUUCUGUGCCGAUGUGGAUGAGUGUACCGGUGAUUCAGCACACUGCCAUGAGCAAGCAGUAUGCACAAACGUCCUGGGCAGCUUUGAAUGUACCUGCAAAGAUGGGUACAACGGCACCGGAACAGUAUGUGAAGACAUUGAUGAAUGUGAAGACGGGAUUAGUCAGUGUGAUGAAAAUGCAACUUGCACCAACACUGCUGGCUCCUACACCUGCACAUGUGAUGAUGGGUACAUAGGUACAGGGAGAACCUGUACAGAUGUGGACGAGUGUUUAAGUGGGCAAAAUAACUGCCAUGAACAGGCAUCAUGUCUAAACACGGAGGGCAGCUAUGUAUGCUCUUGCAAUACUGGUUUUACAGGCAUCGGGACGUCUUGUGAAGAUGAAGAUGAAUGUAGAGAAGGCACAGAUACCUGCACAGAAAACUCGGUGUGUACGAACACCGUCGGUUCCUUCACUUGUCCCUGUAAGUCUGGUUACUUCGGGAGUAACUGUGUGGAUGUCCAUGAGUGUGAAGACGGCAUUGACAACUGUCAUGACCACGCAGACUGUACAAACACCCCUGGUUCCUACAGCUGCACGUGUCAUUCUGGUUACUUUGGAGAUGGGACGGUCUGUACAGAUAUUAAUGAAUGUGAAAACGGAACGACUCAGUGUGAUAGAAACGCAACGUGCACCAACACUGUCGGCUCCUAUACCUGUACAUGUAAUACUGGGUAUACAGGCACAGGGAGAACAUGUACGGAUGUUGAUGAGUGUGCAACACAGUCUGCCAACUGUGACGACAACGCUAACUGUACGAACACUCCCGGCUCCUACAGCUGCAUGUGUGAUUCUGGUUACACUGGAAAUGGUACUGUCUGCACGGCGGUGACAACAGAAAACACCCGAACUCCAACAACAACUCCAACACCAAUGACUGUCACUCCAGAGCCGCCAAAACCACGAAAGUUUGUACCAGCCCAAAUAACAAUGAAGAUGGAGUUUCGGACUCAAUACAAUGACAAGACUUCAGCAGAGUACAUGGAAUUAUCAUCACAGUUGAAAACAUCACUCUCUGUCAUCUACACCGGAAUUCCUGGGUUCAUCGAGAUUAUCAUUCUUCAAUUAGUCGAGGGUAGUGUUAAGGCCAGAUAUGCCGCUGUUUUCGCCGUGGAAGAAUCUCAACCUGACAGCAUCAUCCAGGAUAUGGCUAAGACGAACCUUCAGCAGGCGAUCACUAGCGGCAGGUUUGACCCCGCGCUCCAGGUCACCAGCAGUAACAGCCUGCAGCCGAUUGUACUUACGGAAGAAGAGUUGGAGCAAGUGGUUGGAGGAUUCUGCCAGGAUGUGCAGUGUGGGGAGGGGGGCGUGUGUUCACGGAAUGAGCCGUACCCCGGAGCUGUCAUA